AUUUCUUCGAAACAUAUAUCUACUAGAUUUAUUCAAGGGUCGAACCGUAUGCAGCUGCCGACGAAUACCAUGACAGUGUUCUGUUGACCGGCAAACAACGAUCAGCAGCGGCUCUUCAUUCAAAUCAAAAUAUUUAAGAUACGCGAGGUAAACAUAGUAGUGAAGUCCUGCAAUUGUGGAUAAAAACAGCUUAAUAAGUGCACUGAUGGAGGAUAUACAUUCCAUUCAGACACUUUCCGUCUCAACGAGUGACAUCAAUAGUGUUGAUUUUGGUGGAGACUGCAUACUAGUGACAGGUUCAGGGGACAAAAAUGUCAGAGUAUUGGAAUGGCAGCAGUUUGUUGGAUAUCAGGAAACGCCUUACUCACCCCUGAAAGGUCACAAAUAUGGAGUAACUUGUGUAAAAGUUAGCCCUCAAUCAACAAUGGUAGCAAGUGCCAGUAUUGACGGUACAACGAUUCUUUGGAAUCUUAGAACCGGAGCGAAAAUACAUACGAUGGUUCAACCUAGUGACGAAUCUGUUCGAGUCUGUCGAUUCUCUCCUGACUCUACGUUCCUUGUGACUGGUGGUGACAAUGGACAAGUUUGCCUGUGGGAUUUGGUCCGGAGAAGUCUCGUCAGAUGCUUUCAACACCACGAAGGGGCUAUUCAGGGUGUCGCUUUUACUCCCGAUUCCAGUUGGCUCUUAAGCAGUUGCACUUUUGGAGUUCUCAAUUUGUUUUCUGUUUCUGAUAUUGUUCACUCAAGUGAUAGCAAUGCAACAGGAAAUUUUCAUGUAUUUGCUACGGUAGAUGAUGCCCAUGAUCUCGGAGUUGUCUGCUGUGAUUUUUCAAUCCAGCAAAUUAUUACAAGUAACGAACCGCUGGAGAAACUCUAUCAGUUGGUGACCUGUGGAAACGAUCACAUCGUCAAACUUUGGGAUGUUCGUGUUAUUCAGGGUAAAGGGGACAAUGCAGUUUCGGCAUCUAUCGUUUUAGCUAGAGUGCUUGAAAAGCACAGUAGUGCUCUGACGUGUGUGAGAUUCAGCUCAAAUGGUGCUUAUAUCGCUAGCUGUGGGCUCGAUAAAACCAUCGUCCUUUGGGAAACAAUUUCAGCAAAAAUAGUUACUGUUUUAAUAGAGCAUAAGAGAUAUGUCGGAUGUUGUGCAUUCUCCAGAGAUGGAUCACUCCUUGCUAGUGGCUCCAAUGACAGAAAUAUCAUUAUUUGGGAUCUCAGUGGAAACCAUUUAACAACCGACUCCAAACUCGUCAAACAUGCCAAUCCCUUUGGACGUUCUUCUAUCGAUGAUGAUGGCAGUUCAACCGAACCCGCUGGGAAGGAGGACAGCUUGCUUCGAUUCGCUGAGUCCUCUCAAACCGAAGUUCGUCUGAUUCAUACUUUAGAUGACCUUGGAGGUAUCGUUAAUAGCGUUGCUUUUCAUGGAAAUAAUCUGUUAGCCUCUGGAGGAGGUGAUAGAGUUGUGAGACUCUGGGAGGUGCAAAAAAACACCAAUGAAGAAGAAAUAUCCCAGGGUAAUGAGGUGAAAUGUAUAGAAAAGGACUUUGGACGUUUCGAUGGCCAUAAAUAUAGUAUUAACCAUGUGGAGUUCAAUGCAACCGGCUCCCUGAUAGCUUCUUGUUCUUUGGAUGGGACAACAAUGGUGUGGGACACAGAAAGAGGUGGACCAGCACGUUCAUUAUUCGUAAGUUCAGGUGCGGGUAUCCGGGUAGGCCGUUGGUCUCCAAAUGGUAAAACAAUAGCCACUGGAGGUGAUGAUGAAAAAACAACGCUUUGGGAUGUUACGACAAUGGAAAUGUUAAAAGUUCUUGAAGGCCACGCUGACGCUGUUACUACUUUAGCAUUUACUCCUGAUGCGCAGUACAUUGUAACAGCUUGCAGCGAAGGGACAUGGAGAUUUUUUUCUGCUGCUGAGGAAGAUUCCGCAGACAAUAUUCUAGUAUGUGAAGGUGCUCACGAUCUUGGAGCGCAAGGAUCUGACUUUAGUCCUGCAUGCAAUGCCUUCAAUACGGCAGGUUCGGGACAGUCUUCUCCUGACGGCCAGAGGAAAUCUUAUAUCCUGGCAACCGGUGGAAACGACUCCCUUGUGAAAAUAUGGCAGAUUACAAUUUCACUCCAUCGAUCUGAGGAAUCUGAUAGUGAACGUGGAGAAAGCGAAUUAAUACCGAGGAGAAUGAGUGUGAAUGGGGCUUCGUAUACUGAGAAAAAAAUUUUAGCUGGUCAUGGGGGUAAUGUAAUGUCUGUCAAAUUCGCCCCAAUCCACGGGGAAAUCAUCGGUAGUACUGCAACUGACAAGACUGCUAGACUCUGGAGUUUCCAUUCCGGGCAUUGUCUUCAUGUCAUGGAGAACCACCAGAGUCUCGUUACAUCUUGUGCCUUUUCCAAUGACACUUCACUCUUUAUUACAGGUUCACUAGAUAGGACCGUAAUGAUCUGGCGACUUCCACAACAAUGGGUGGCGCAAAGUAACUUAAUUGAACAAUUAAGAAAUCACGGGAAAAAAGUUAUUGACUGGAAGACUGAAGAUGUGGUGAAGUGGUUUAGUGAAGUAAAUAUGAUAUCACUGGAAACUCGUGCAAAGCACCUACACCUUAAUGGACGUCAUUUGUUGACAAUACCCGCAGAGAUGAUUGCUGCAAGGUUGCACGUUCGUGGUGACGACGAGAUGUUGGAGGAGUUCAAGAAACAAUUGUAUUGGUUGAAACGCGAAGACUCACAUCCAUGGGAAAAUCUUGACGACACCGAGUUGCCAUAUGAAUUCUUGUGUCCUAUCACUCACGAGAUCAUGCGAGAGCCUGUCCAAUGUUCAGAUGGCUUCAUCUACGAGAAAGCUGCCAUAAACGAAUGGUUUUUAUGUGGCAAAUUCAGGAGCCCAAUGACAAACGAGCCAAUGGAUGAUCCAUCAUUCACAUCAGCAGUUGAACUGAGGAAUUCUAUUCGAGAGUUCAUCUAUGGUCAGCCCUCAGACUUAUAAACUCAUUUCUCGUGUGAAAUAUCGACAUCUACCAAAUCUGUAUGUACAAAAUGUCCCCUAAAUGUUCAAAAAAUUUUUGUAUUUUUCCAACUCCAUAUCAAUUAUAGAGCGAAAUACAGAGGUAAGUGGAAUUGAUGAGCUCUACUACACUAUUGUAUAAAAGAAAAACACCUAUAAUUUCGUUUACUGAUUUGCAUUCAUGCAUGUUUAUGUUUAGUACAGAAAUCGGAGAAAUUAUUUGUUUUUAUCACAUUAUCAGCAAUACAAUAUGAUAAUAUACUACACUACAUAUAUGUUCUAACAAAUUAAUUAUCAUUUCUCGGAAUAUUCAUUGAAUGAAUCAAGUACUCAAACCCGUUAUAUAAUUAACUACUUAAUAAAUUUAAUUAAGGAGAAAUGUUUGAUAUUUUAAUAAUUAUACAAUGGCAUCGAUCUUGAGAUCUUUUCCAUUUAAUCCUGCAUGCUAUUUGGUAAGAGUUGACAAAAAAUCGCUUUAUGCGAAACAAUGUCGCCUUCCUAUUCGUUUGACGUCUCGUUUACUCAAUAUCCGAAGAAUUAGACGAAUAUCUUUAAGUUUGUCGUAUUUUUCAAGUGCAGGAAAGACAGAUUACUAAGUGAAAGAAAAUAGUGAUAAACAGAAAUAUUAUUUUCGAAACUAUUUAUACAACAAACUGUUCGAUACUUGUAAAAAAAGUAGGCUCUGACUCAAGGAAUUAUUGAUUGCUAUUAUCUUGAUUAUAUUAUAUUGAUUUGUA